AUGGCAGAAAAUAAAGAAAUUAUUUUAAAGAAAGAUGUUGAAAUUCCAUAUUAUGAGAUAUAUGAUAACAUCGAUGAUGAAUCUGAAAUAGUUUCACAAGAAAAAUCUGUAUUAGGAGGUGAUUUAAUAACUACUACAGCAAUAUUUAAUGAUAUUCUUUUUCCUGAUAAUAAAAAGAGAUUUAUAAGAGCAAGUGAAUUACAAAAUGAUAUUAGUUUAUACACGAUCGAACUUGUUGAAAAAAAAGGAAAAUUAGAUUUUCAACUUGAAAAAUUAAAAGAAAAAUUAGAUCAUAUAACAAAUCAACUCAAUAUUCCUAAAAUUACUUAUGUAAAAAAGGAAUUCUAUGAAAAUACCACUCUAUGGUUACCUAUAACAAUAGAAUUUAUUGCUGAUUUUAAAAUAUUUCAAAGAGUUUACCAUCAUGCAAAAGAAUUUUGGGACUGGAAAUUAAAACCUAAAAAAGGUGGUAAAAUUUACAUUAUUCCUGAUAAACCAGAAGUUCGACCUACCGCUCCAGAAGUUCCUAAUUCAGAAAUUCCUGGUCCUUCAAAUAUUUACCCACAAGUUCCUGAUCCAUCAAAUCCUUAUAAGCCAACUACAGUUCCUAAUCCCCCAGAAAACAUUCCAAUUCCAGAAAAAAUUCCAAUUCCACCCGGACCAGAAAAGGGAAUUUUUAAAAAAAUAUGGUUUAAAUUCAGAUGGAAUAAAAAAAUUUUUGCUAUUGUAGUAAGUAGUCUAAUCACUGUGAUUGCAGCUGUUGGUGUUGACUUAAUAAUCAGUUCAUAUAAUGGUGCUGAAAGAAGAAAAGAAAUGUGA